UCUCUGUACCAGAGGCUUUUGGUAUUUUAGCUCUCUCUCACCGUAGCAGACGGAACACAACCUGGUCUCUGUCUCUUUCGCUUCUAGGCCAGGACCCUCACAGGAUUCUACACCAAUAGCAUUAAAAAAAGCAAAGUGGCUCUAAAAACAUCAAAAAAAUGAGUAUUCUCAAGAAGAGUAUUCUCAAAGAGAAGAAGAUCAAAUUCGACGAUGUCGAGGAGAGUGCAACGCAGAACAGCUCGAUCGGGGCAGUACGAUGGGAACUGCCAGAAGACCUACAGACUCACAACUCGGCACCUAAACUACAAUUGAGCAGCAAACCAUCCAGACAAAAGGGCCUAAAGGACCUGCGUAGCCUGCAGGACUGUGUUAGAUUCAUCACACAGUGGAAACAACAGGUGGAGGUCGUCUGCAAGCACAGUAAGAAUGUCAGAGUGGACCAGCAGAGCGAACAGAGUCUGGAACAGUGUCGUAAACUCAUCCUCCAAUGGGCAGAGGAGUUGAAGAGAGUGGACACAAGUCCCUGGAUACGGGAGAGCGGUGACCUCAUUGACCUGGAGAAGAACAGGGAGGAUCCUGAACCCUCCACACAGGCAGAGCAGAGGAUCAUGGAAUGGGCUAAGGAGCUGCAGAGUGUCACAGAGAGAUGUGGUCUGAUGAGGGAUGAGCUGACCCAGAUGCUGAGACGGCUGGAGUUGAAUAAGAAGAAGCUGGUGACUCUCCUCCCCUUCCUGGAGUUCAUCACCUGGUCUCUACUGAAGGAACAGGACAGCAGCACGGGUAUCAUUCCCCAGCUAUGGCUGGCUACGAAACAACGCACCUGGAAAACAGAAACACCUAAGUACAUCCCAAACUCAGUGUGGAACUGGAUCUGCAGUGCUUCGGUUGACAUUAACUUGGACCCUAUGACCAACCACCCAUGGCUGCUGCUCUCAGACGACCAUAAGAAGGUCCAGGAGGCUCACUGCACGACAGAGGCGGUCUUCAGCACACAGCGCUAUGACUGCUGGCCCUGCGUCCUGGGCUGGGAGGGCCUGUCCUCUGGACGUCACUACUGGGAGGUUACCCUGGCCAACAACGGAUACUGGAGGGUCGGUCUGACCACCGCCACGUCCAAACGCCAUGGUCGCUUCCCUAUGACCCCCGCAGAAGGCUACUGGGCCCUGUGGCGCAGCACGAGGCAGUUCUACGCCUGCACCAAGACUGAGACCUCCUUGCCCAUGGAGAUGCUUCCCCGCAAGGUGGGCAUCUUCCUGGACUACGAGGAGGGUCAAAUCUCCUUCUACAAUGCGGAGACCCGGGCACACAUCUAUACAUUCACGGAUAACUUCAAGGAGAAGCUGUAUCCUCUGUUUGCUCCACUGGAUGGACGCACCCUCAUCACCAUCUCAUCGCCGAAGUAUGUCACAGAUGUCGACUAGACCUCCCCAUACCUAAUCUUAGAACCUGAAACUCAUGUGUGUCAGAAGAGCCUACCCUCUACCCAUCAUAGGGGCAGUUCCUGCUCGCACUGGACUAAAAAACUAACUCAAUGAAGAUUCUCAGGUUUAGGCUUAAUCAGUGUGAGGGAAACAACCCUAUGGUGUACAGCAACAUUGAUCCUGGAACCGUGACCUCAAAAUAUCUGUUAAGAGCCCUCCUAUUGCCUCCAUGGACGAUACAUCUAGUAUCUAUUUAGUGUCUCUGAAGUAUAUAUUUAGUAUCUCUACUGAACAAAAAUAAACACAACAUGCAACUAUUUCAAAGAUUUUGCUGAGUUACAGUUCACAUAUGGAAAUCAAUCCAUUUAAAUAAAUUCAUUAGGCCCUAAUCUAUGGAUGCAGGGGCGCAGCCAUGGGGGAGCUAGGCCCAGCCAAUCAGAAUGAGAUUUUCCAAGCCUCCCAAGUGGCGCAGCAGUCUAAGGCACUGCAUCGCAGUGCUAGCGUCGUCACUACAGAUCCGGGUUCAAUAUUGGGCUGUGCCACAGCCGGCCCGCGAGUCCCAAGACGCAGCGCACAAUUGGCCCAGCAUCGUCCGGGUUAGGGGAGGGUUUGGCCAGCAGGGAUGACCUUGUCUCCAUCGCGCUCUAGCGACUCCUGGGGCAGGCCAGGCGCAUGCACGCUGACAGUCACUAGGUGUACGGUGUUUCCUCUGACACAUUGGUGCGGCUGGCUUCUGGGUUAAGCGAGCACUUUGUCAAGAAGCAGUGCGGCUUGGCGGUUCGUGUUACGGAGGACGCAUGGCUCUCGACCUUUGCCUCUCUCGAGUUCGUACCGGAGUUGCAGCGAUGAUCAUGCUGUUUAAAUCAGCUUCUUGAUAUGCCACACCGGUCAGGUGGUUGGAUUAUGUUGACAAAGGAUAAAAUGCUCACUAACAGGGAUGUUACCAAGUUCUUGCACAAAAUAAGCUUUUUGUGCAUAUGGAACAUUUCUGGGAUCUUGUAUUUCAGCUCAUGAAACAUGGGACCAACACUUAUUAAUUUUUGUACACAAUAUAUAUGAGGAAUGAACAGAACUUCAGUCGGUUUAAUAGCCAUCAAUAUGAACUAAAAUUGAUCAAGCUUGGACCAAUCACUUUAUGAAAUAUUCUCAUCAUAAUAAUGUAACGUGAGAUGUAUUGCCGAUGCUUUUACAUUCCAUCCAUGCUGUCACACUUACUAAUACAUAUAAUCUGUAUAUACAAUAAAUCACACAAAGCCAAACAAUGAAAAGUAUUUUUUUUUCUUUAAUAAUUUUAUGAAAAAGUCCAUGUAUUUCUGUUGCAGUGUAAUAAAUUGUUUGUUUGGUAGA